AUGAGCUCCACGAAUGUUCCAUUAAGCCUUAUCCCAACUCCAGGUGGGGAACCCGGAGCUGACCCACAUGACCCAUUCGUCGAGUUUGCGUCCCAUAUGGCGCUCGUACACAAUAUUAUCAUCCGAGGUUUCAACAGCAUGUACCUCCAAGCUCCAAAAGUGAAGGAUGUUGAUAUUCCCGACUUCGUGCGCUAUUGCGAUGCGUGGUAUGAGUUUACCAUCGGCCACCACGAUAGUGAGGAGAGGGUGCUGUUUCCUGAAAUCGAAGCUGCAAGCGGCGUUAAAGGAAUUAUGGAUGAGGAUGUUGAGGAGCAUGUCACUUUCCAUCAUGGUCUAGAUGAUUUUAAAGCUUACAUCAGUCCUUGUCUCGCGGACUCGUCUAAAUUCAGUGGCACCGAGUUCGUGAAGGUGUUGGAUUGCUUUGCUUCCGAGUUCCACAGGCAUAUGUCCAACGAGCCGUUGAAACUCCUUUCGCUUUCUAAAUACUCGUUUGACAUGAAGGACAUCGGCGAUCGCACCACACAAUACGCUUUGAAAAGGUAUUCUACAACAGACGUUCUACCAGUUUUGUGGUACAACCUGGACACAAAGUUUGAGAAUGGUCUAUGGGAGAGCUUUCCUCCUCUACCGGCGCCGGUGAAAUGGUCUAUGGUCAACAUUCUAGGCUGGUGGAGAAGCAACUGGUGGCGGUUCAGCAGUUGCAAUGCGCAGUUGGUUGAGAGAGAAGACUUGCUGUGCUUACGACCUGACUACUGA